CACCUCUCGUAAGCCCACUGCUUCAUGUCGUCCUCCUCGUCUGCCUCUGCUGCCGAGGGAGCGCUCCUCGACACUGUGCCUGCGCCUGCUACAAUUGACGCCUCUGACUCGAGCUCUGACUCGGGCUCUGACUCUGGCUCUAGCUCUAGCUCUAGCUCCAACGCUGCCGAUGGCGGUCAGCCUGUUGACGGUGGUGCUGUUGGAGGUGGUGACGAGGCCGCGCCGGUGCCGGUCAACCUCCCCCACUUUUACGAGAUCGUUGCCGCCUAUGCCUGGGCCAUUCUCGACGUGAACAAGGAUGGCGUCAUCGAUGUCCAAGAGUGGGUUACGGGCGUGGCCAAGCUGGUCCCGACGGCAGACAAGGCGCAGAUCAAGGCUGAUCUUCGUGCAUACGAUGCUGACGACAACGGCGAGAUCGACUUUUCCGAGUUUGCCGUCUUUAUGGCCGGCUGGGACCAGUCUGGUCAGGCCGUCCUUCGCGAGGAGAACAUCCGCGCCCUGGUCGACACCCUCGAGCUGUUCAAGGGCGAGCCGGCCGUCGUCGACUGGGCUGCCUUUCUCUCCAUCGCCCGCCGCUUUGUUCCUGCAGAGGCCGAGACCACCGUGCUGGACGAGGACUUUGGCCGCCAGCUGCUGGCUGCUGUCUCGCUCGAGCCAGACCACGUCAACUCGCUGACCUACGGCGAGGUCCUCGUUGCGCUCUGCACCAUGUGGCACGGCCCGCCGCAGGGCGCCACCGUUGCCUACUACGUCCGUAACGUCUGGAACGUUGACGGCCGCUCCUAGAGUUGGGCCCCGUCGCCGCUACUAGCUUUGAGCAUACACACACACAUACGCGCACA